CGGAGGAUGCGCACUUCUGGCGGCGGCGUUGGGGCCGGGUGUGGGUUCCCGCGAGCGUGCCGCUCUGUUGGCUGGUUGUGUUGUGGAAGAGUGUGGGAUACUUUGUAUUGGGGUGCGGGGUGCAGGCGACAAAAUGCUGUGGCUGCGGUGUGCGCCCGCACGCGCCUGCCGGCACGGCCUGCUCCUGGGGUUUGUGAGCGUCCUUGUGCAGGUGUGUGUGCGGCUAGGACCGCGCGGCUGCAGGGCGGAGGCGUGGCUUUGGUUGUGUGCUGCUAGGCUGUGCCACGCUGCGUGUCGUUGCCGUGUGCCUGUGACUGGAGACUGCGUGUGUACGCCUGUUGUGAAUGUUGGUGAGUGUGUUGGGGGGGCAUGGGGACUGAUGCUGUGUGUGCAGAGGGACAUCUGCUUGUGAUGGUGUGACGCCGUCUUCAUCUCCCUCCUCUGUGUCAUAGAGUAGGGGCAUGACUUUUCUUUCCUUUCAUUUAUUUAUUUAUUUAUUUGAGAGGCAGAGUUAACAGGUUUUCCAUCUGCUGCUUCACUGCCCAAGAUGGCCACAACAGCUGGAGCUGGGCCCUUCUGAAACCAGGAGUCUGGAACUCCAUCCCAGUCUUCCAUGUGGGUGCAGGGCCCAAGCACUUAGGCCAUCUGCCACUGGUUUUUCAGGCACAUUAGCAGGGAGCUGGAUCAGACGUGGAGCAACCAGGACACGGGCCAGCGCCCAUAAGGGAUGGCAGUGUCACAGGCGGCAGCUCGGCCACAAUGCUGGUCCAGGGGAUGACUUUUCAAAACUGUCCUGGUCACUCAGGACUUUUUUCUCUUAACCCUUUGUCGAGAACAAUGUUAAAAGAAGGAAAGAAUUGCUAUUGUCCUUCUAACCUAAAUUCCAGACACAUCAGGUUUUAUUCCUUUCUUGGAAACUUGCUUGUUUUUGAGGGCAUUUUUUUCUUCUUUCUGAAACUCUUUGUAACAGAGCUACUCCCUACUCACCACCUGCCAGAGUGACCUAGUUUCCAGUAUUUGCCGUACCAGUAAUUGCCUGAGUGCCCUGGAGAUGGCCUGAGUGGCUCACACCCUUUCUGCUCCCUGUGCACCCAAGACUGAAGUCUGCACCAGUUAAAAGAAGAAUCCAGAGAAAUCAGAGCCCAUCAGGUAGAUCUGAAGGCCAUGGCCCAGGGAUUGGUGACAUUCAGGGAUGUGGCCGUAGAGUUCUCUCAGGAAGAAUGGAAGUGUCUGAAACCUGCCCAGAGGGACUUGUACAGAGACGUGACUUUGGAGAACUUUGGGAACUUGGUCUCACUAGGGAUUUCCAUUUCUAAACCUGAUGUCAUCUCCUUGUUGGAGCAGGGGAAAGAGCCCUGGAUGAAGGCAAAUGAUAUUACAGGACCAUGGUGCCCAGACUUGGCAUCCAGGUGUGAAACCUUCCCACAAAGAGGUAUUUUUGAAAUAGACUCAUUCAAUUGGGAGAUAAUGGAAAGCCUUCGGUGCUGUGAUCUCGAAAUCGCCAGUUUUAAAGAUGACUGGAAAUGCAAAGGCCAGUUUGAGGGACAGCACAUGAAUCAAGAGUGCUGUCUCCAGCAGAGGACGAUCACCCGUGAAAGCUUGGCCACCUCUGAGCACCAUACAUCGCCCACUCUUCGUCAGAGCAGUGAGACUGGUGGGAGACUGAUGGGAUGUAAUGACUGUGGGAAAACCUUUAGCCGGGGCGCACACCUUAUUCAACAUCAGAAAACGCAUACUGGGGAAAAGCCCUUCGAGUGCGAGGAGUGUGGGAAGGCCUUUAGCCGAGCCUCGCACCUCGCUCAGCAUCAGAGAAUUCACACAGGUGAGAAACCUUAUGACUGCAAGCACUGUGGGAAGGCGUUCAGACGCACUUCGGAACUCACUCUACACCAGCGACUACAUACCGGAAUGAAACCCUAUGAAUGUAAGGAAUGUGGGAAGACCUUUAGACAGCAUUCCCAACUUAUUCUGCAUCAAAGAACUCACACUGGUGAGAAACCCUACGUAUGUAAAGACUGUGGGAAGGCUUUUAUUCGUGGCUCACAACUUACUGUUCAUCGCAGGAUUCACACAGGUGCCAGACCCUAUCAGUGCAAAGAAUGUGGGAAGGCCUUCAAACAGCAUUCCCAACUCACUGUCCAUCAACGAAUUCAUACUGGGGAGAAGCCCUAUGAAUGUAAGGAGUGUGGAAAGGGCUUUAUUCACAGCUCAGAAGUUACUCGACAUCAAAGAAUUCACUCUGGGGAGAAACCUUUCGAAUGUAAGGAAUGUGGGAAGGCCUUCCGACAGCACGCACAGCUGAGGCGACAUCAGAGGGUUCACACUGGUGACAGACCCUAUGAGUGCAAGGACUGUGGGAAGGCGUUUAGUCGGAGUUCGUACCUCAUUCAGCAUCAGCGAAUCCACACAGGGGACAAACCCUACGAAUGUAAGGAGUGUGGGAAGGCCUUUAUUCGUGUCUCACAGCUGACUCACCAUCAGCGAGCUCACACCUGCGAGAAACCCUAUGAGUGCAGGGAGUGUGGAAUGGCCUUUAUCCGCAGUUCCCAACUCACUGAACAUCAGAGAAUUCAUCCAGGUAUCAAACCUUAUGAGUGCAGAGAAUGUGGGCAGGCCUUUAUCCUUGGCUCACAGCUCAUUGAACACUACAGAAUUCAUACUGGUUAGAAAACCUCAACUGUUGGCUGGCGCUGCGGCUCAAUAGGCUAAUCCUCCACCUUGUGGCGCUGGCACACCGGGUUCUAGUCCCGGUCGGGGCACCGAUCCUGUCCCGGUUGCCCCUCUUCCAGGCCAGCUCUCUGCUGUGGCCAGGGAGUGCAGUGGAGGAUGGCCCAAGUUCUUGGGCCCUGCACCCCAUGGGAGACCAGGAUAAGCACCUGGCUCCUGCCAUCGGAACAGCGCAGUGCGCCGGCCGCAGCGCACCUACCGCGGCGGCCAUUGGAGGGUGAACCAACGGCAAAAAGGAAGACCUUUCUCUCUGUCUCCCUCUACUGUCCACUCUGCCUGUCAAAAAAAAAAAAGAAAGAAAAAAGAAAGAAAGAAAGAAAAAAGAAAAGAAAACCUCAACUGUUAAAGACGUAGAAAAGCCUUGAUGUGGAGUUUAAACCUGAUUCAAGAUUCGAUCAUUUAAUGAAAUUAAUGUCAGAAAGCCUUCAUUUGUCACUUGCAUUAUGGAACAUCAGAGAACUCCUACCAGAAGAAAAUUCAAUAAAUAUGGGAAUUCUUGUUGCCUACUUACUGUUUACUGAGGAUCAGAGAACAUAUGCUAAAAAUGUCAAUGUAGGAAAGCCUUCUGUUGCCACUCAAAAUGUGUUAAAUUUCUGAGGAUUCCAAAUAGAAAAUGACCCUAUUAAAAUGUUUUGUGAGCGUGCCUUUCACCAUGACAUACAGUUUACUGAAUAGUGUCUCAUUGCCACUGAUUACUGACUGUUCAGCCUUGUACAAAUUAUGCAGCCUUUCUGUCCCUCAAUUUACUU